AUGCGGGUACGCCGAAAGCCCCAAUUUACAUACAAAUCGCCAUCUGGAGUAGAAGAUCUGUUAGUUCCAGCGACGAGAUCUUCCAAUGUGCAAUCAUGUGCAAGUCCCGAGCUUGCUUCGAGGUCUUCACCCCUACCACCAGAAAUAACUGAGGGCAUAAUAUAUUGUGAUACACAACGUCGCAAAACAAGAAAAUGCCCAGUAUCCCGAACCCUUCCUCUUUACCAUCCACUGGGACGUCUGGCCUUGUCGCUGCCUCUUCUUGACCCAUCCGCUUACGGGCUCCCGAUUCCCACUCUGACAGAUGAAUCGAGUAGGCGGCUCUCCGGACGGACGCGGCGUCCUGUGGCGAAGCUCCGAGAACUUGAAGAAGAUAUGGCAGUUCCGAUUCCAACGGUCAGCAGUAUUGCAGCAGUAGCUGCGCGAGAAGUGAAAGAAAGGCCGAGCCCCAGGAAGCGAAGGGCGGGGGGUGCGAAAAGAAAGCGGAAGGAAGUCGAGGACGGUGACGCAACAUAUCCGGCGAAGCGGAGUAGGUUGCUGAGAGGUGCAGCCAAUGCAGACGAGGAAUCACCUACGGAAAUAGAGGCGGCUGCGACGGAUGCAACACCUGGACCUGAUGAGACGAACACUGAGCGAAGAUUACAGCGGUUUGCAACCACUCGUUUAACGAGGUCGACAAGAAGACCAGAAUCACGAGACCGAGAAUCACGAGACUCGCCAGAGUCGCGGGAUUCUAGUCUCAGCGACACGGCAUCACUCAAGAUGAAAACAGAGGCCAAUGCGCAAGAAAAAGAGGAAGGAGAAUUGAGCGAAGAGUGUGUUAUUUGA